GGAUGGAGAGGAGAGCCAUGUAUUUGGGAUAGUUACUACCACUCAGUUCUGACUGGGAUUUCCUUGACACAAGUCAAGGUAUUGUGUCGAAAGUUUCAUGAUGAAUAUAAUACUUGGAAAUUGUGUGGGCAGCUGUGACCAGUUAGCUGGUCCACCGCCUGAUUUUAUCCUAUCUAUGCCGCCGCCACCGUUGCCGUCCUUUUUGAUCUCAAAGCCGGCGACAGUGGAUAUCCUGGUGCCCUCCAAUGAGUCUCAGCCAUGUUUUGCAGCCUUUAUGUGUGGCCAUGGAAUGCAGCACAAUGAGAGCGGAAAUGCCUUGAUGGAGCUGGUGAGAAGUGAUUCCAAGAGUCUGGAGAACGUCUGGCUAUUUGUCUCAUCUUGCAUUGGGAUCUUUGUAUUCGGCUGUUUCCUGGCCCUCCUUGUUAUCAGAUGCAGAGAUAGUUCCUUCUUUUCGUACCAUGACGCCAAUAUCAAGCAAACAGCAAUCAACGCUUUAGGUGAGGCCACCAAGUCAAAUGCUUUUACAUCCGGUGGAAUCCUAUAUCCAUGUGCCACGGCCAACAGUCGGGAUCUCCUCCAGAGUCAACUGGUCAAUGAUAGUCGUCUUUUGUGGGCCACACUAACGCCUCAUGGCACUAGGCAUUUCAUCAUCGAGAAUUCCCAAGAUGGGCAUUAUGAAUCGGUAGACUAUCGCGGCAAGUCCCACAGCCAAGUAUUCCGCGGCUACGAGAAGCACUCACAGUCUUUUGUUAAGUCUUUUGACAAUAAUGGCUUUGUUGAUUACGACUACGAGGAUCCUACGCCAUUGAUGGACUCUUAUCAUGAUGAUAUGGACUCGGGUUACCAAGAGCCGCACGAGGUUACAGGUUCCUUAAAACGGACUGCGAUGCGAACUUUGGAUUCAAUGAAUGAUACCCCUACCAGUGGUGGAUCGAAUUCCAACUUCAACUCUAACCAGAUUGGUAACUCCAAGUCCAUUAGCCGCAAGACGACGCUCUCACGUCGCAUUAGCGAUGCGUCCUCCCAGAAUGGAACAUCCAUGUAAAUGUUGUAUUAAUGGAGGUAUCCCUAAGUUGCGUCUUGUAUAUUUCAAUUGGCGGCACACGUGGGAUUGGGAGGAGAUCCGGUCAUGUCGUCCAUCAUCACAAACUGCAGAUUGUAUGAAUUUACGCUGAUAUUUUAGACUAUUUUAAGAGGUGAAUGCACAAGUGUGGGUUGUUUUCGAAGAUCACAAGAGGCAGUUAAGUGAUUGGAACAAAAAAUGAACUUAAUUUCAAGCGGGAAAAGCGACUUCGUUAGAAAAAAUCACUAAAUUCCAAAACUAUAAAACUCGACUAUCAUAAAUUUGGGACUAUAACUGCUGGAAUCGUUGGCAAUUUUACUAUAUAGAGAGAAACCACAUGCACACAUGCGAUUACUUUUUAAGCCUAACUACUAUGGAUCAUUAUAUCCGCUAGUGUACUAUAAUACUCGUGCACAUAAUACUCGCGCCGCUAUUAAUUGCUUUGUAUACAUCUUCUUUUAUAAAUACCUUAACUAUACGUCAGAUAAUCUAACUAAUCGCGCAAUUCGAUAUCGCUGAUCGGAAAGGCCAACUAUUGUAUCUGCAUAUAGACUUACCAUGGGAGUCCUUCCUUUUCCCAAAAGAUCUGGGUAAGGUUAUAAAUAAACAUAAAUAGAUUUUGAAAA